CUUCCUCCGCUUGCUGCUUGCCGCUUGCCGCCCCGGUUAGCGUUGCAAUGGCGAGAUGCUGAGAUGGUUCUCCGGCUCCGACGAGGAUUCAGGCUCCGGCUCAGGAAGCGAAGAGCGAGAGCAUUUCCUAUGGCAGUUCUGGAGGAGCAGCUCGCCUAGGGAGGUGCCUUCGGUGAAGUCAUGCACACCAAGGCGGCGUCCUGUGCUGUCGCGGGGGGCGCCGAAAGCCUGUGCUGCCGGGCUGGUGCUGAUGGGCAUCACCGUUUUCACGGCCAUCUCCUUGGCACAGAAGCAGACACCGCAGUCUGACCUGGACAAGCAAUCUGCUGGGAUGACUGCCAAAGAUCUGCUGAAGAGCCCCCGCAUCGUGGCGGCGGCUUCUGGCGCGUUCCAGCGGGUCAUGGUGCAGGCAAACUGGCUGCACCAAUCCUUGCCCAAGGAACGCAGCCAGAUGGUGGCCAAGAGCACGCAGCAGGCCUUCGAGCAGCUGCGCUCGGAAGUACUUCGAAGGCAAUUGGGCCAGGAGCUGGACUCGUUUUCCCUCACACGGGGACAGCUGGAUGCCUUCUUGAGUGUGCAGACGCACAUGUCGGACAUGGCCAUUCAGGAAAUAGGCGCAAAUGUGGCGAAGGCCUUGGAGGAGUACUUCAGCGUUGAGGGCGAAGGGGCCGGCAAGGAGGGCAUGCGCCUGUAUCUGCUGCGGGCCCUACAACCCCGGAUCCUGGAGAUCCGGCGUCUCUGGCGGAAGGUGGACUUGGGUGCGCUGCACGGGCCGGGACUGGGCUGGGGAGUGUCUGUGGACCCUGCCAAGCUGUACCUGGUCCAAACCUUCGAUCCCUUCCGCAGGUAUUGGCCUCCAGAGCCUUUGCCCUGCUCCGGCAAUGCCUGCGUGGCGAGAGGCAGCUUCAAUCAAGCUCGUGUGCUGCUUCUUCAGCUGCAGGCCUUGUUGCAGACCUUCGGCAUGCGCUUGGAGGUCGCCAACUCCUUGGAAAGCUUUGAUGCCUACAAGAUGCCUUUCCUGUCCGAGCUCCUGGCUUGCCGGAACAUCACGGGCGACAUGGCCGCCGCUAGCUGCGCUUUGAGCUACGCCUCCGCGGGAUUGGAUGUGAUCUCCAGCAUACGAGGUGCUCGCCCCUGAGCGACCGACCGGGGAUC